GAACGCGCGUGAAAAUAAAUUCAAGAUGAGCUUGGACGCCAAAAGUCAUGUCAUAACACUGUUUCUGAUUUCCAACUCUUUUAAUGGGUUUGGGUUUGGCCUCUUCCUCUUCGCCUUCGGCGUUGGAAGCGCAGUGGUCGUGGGCAUGGCCGAAGGGUUUGCAUAUUGCAUAGCUAUAGGUGCCGCAAUUAUCUGUCUCUCUGUGGUUGGGUACAAUGGUGCUAUCACACAGCACAAGAAAAAAUUGGACUCGUACGCAUCGGGGAUGGCAAUGCUGACGGCGGCUGAGAUAGUUCACUUGGUGGUGUUGAGCAACGCACCCAUUCAGCGUGGCGUAGACGUGUUGUUGUGGGCAUAUUUUGUAACGAUGAUCUUCAUUAUCGUCGUAUCGAUAGUGUCCGUGCUGUUGGCAUGGACUAUGUCGCAUCGCAUCGGCCAUGCCCGUGCAUCUGCUGAGAAAAACGGUCAUCAACAUUUGCAAGCGUAG